AUGGAAACCGGAAAUAAGAAAAGUAAAGCGGAUUCGGUUUCCACACCUUCACGCAUCUCCUCGACGAAUCCCAACGCCCACCUCGAAAGCGCACUUCUCCAUCGAAAUCUCAAACCCCUUCUCCCUCUCGAUCUCCAUCCACCUCCAUCAAUGGCGCCCAUCCUCCUUCUCCUCAUCCUCCUCUCCAUCCCAGCAUCAUCCAUCGCGGAGCAGUGCAAUCCCCGCAACACCUCGCUCGCCGGUUUCGAGUCCGACCUUGUCAUGGUCCAGCACCAGCUCCGUGGUAUCUUCCGCAUCCUUGAUGGCUGCUCCUUCUCCGUCCACGCCUUCGACAUGCUCCCGGCCUCCCCUGGUGCUCGCUGGUGGGCCGCCGCCGGCACCGAUCUCGACAACCUCACCAUCGGAUCCCCUGUCUCCGAUUACUCUCUUAACCGCACCUUUAGCAAUGAAACCCUAACCAUAUCUCUGAAAAAUAUCAGCUGGGAUCAGAUCUCGGUGCUUGCUGUCUGGGAUCCGGCCACUUUCUCGGAUUUCGGCCACGUUCUUCUCCCCUCCGUGCCGCCGGAUCUCUCUCUGCCACCGUCAUCGUCACCGUCACCGUCUCCUCUGCCCUCACCGGAUGGCUCUAAGAAUCGCGCGUACCGCCACCCGACAAUGUUCGACAACUGCCGCAUGAUUUCCCCGAAGUAUCGGCUCCGAUGGACUCUUUACCCGGAUUCCAACUCGAUCGAGAUCGGGCUUGAAGCCGCCGUUGCCUCUCAGUCUUACAUGGCGUUCGGGUUGGCGUCUCCGGAUUUGUCGUCUCCCUCUAUGAUCAACUCUGACAUUGCCAUCGCCGGAUUCACCGAAGAAGGUACUCCCUUUGCCGAGGAUUACUUCAUUACUCAGUAUAGUGAGUGUUUGCUUAGCAAAGAUGGGCGUGUGGAGGGUGUUUGCCCUGAUACCAUCUACGAGGGCUCUGACCCUGUUGGAUUGGUUAACAACACUGAGCUGGUGUAUGGACACCGCCGAGAUGGCGUCUCAUUCAUUCGGUAUCGCCGUCCUCUUGAGUCCCCUGAUACGAAGUAUGAUGUUGCUAUGAAUUUGACUCAGAACAUGACUGUGAUCUGGGCACUGGGGCUUAUCCGCCCGCCUGACAGUCUCCGACCUUAUUAUCUUCCACAAAAUCAUGGCGGCCCUCAGUAUGAGAGUUUUGGGUAUUUUACUCUCAAUGCAUCUGAAAAGAUGGAUGAUUGUCAUGGGCCCUUGGAUGCUGAAGACAAGGAAGACCAGGAUCUUAUUACUGCAGACGGGAAGAUCAAGACUCCUUUGGUUGUGACCUCUGGCCUGGCAUUGCACUACCCAAACCCCCCUAACCCUUCUAAAGUUCUUUAUAUCAACAAAAAGGAGGCUCCAGUGCUGAGGGUUGAAAGGGGAGUUCCUGUGAAGUUUUCGAUUCAAGCCGGGCACGAUGUUGCUCUUUACAUCACAUCUGAUCCAAUUGGUGGGAAUGCGACAACAAGGAAUAUGCCGGAGGUUAUUUAUGCCGGUGGGCCAGAAGCUGAAGGUGUUCCAGCUACUCCGGCAGAGUUACUGUGGGUGCCUGAUAGGAACACGCCUGAUCAAGUGUACUACCAGUCUUUAUAUGAGCCAAAGAUGGGGUGGAGAGUUGAGGUAGUUGAUGGCGGCCUCACAGAUAUGUAUAAUAAUAGUGUUUUAUUAGAUGACCAACAAGUCACUUUGUUCUGGACAUUGGGAAAGGAUUCAAUCUCUGUGGCUGCUCGAGGUGAGAAGAAAAGUGGCUAUCUUGCAAUUGGAUUUGGAAGUGGGAUGGUGAACAGCUUCGUCUAUGUGGGUUGGGUAGAUGAGAAUGGUAAAGGCCACGUGAACACAUAUUGGAUAGAUGGGAAGGAUGCAAUGAGCAUUCAUUCAACUUCCGAGAACCUUACCUAUGUGAGAUGCAAAUCUGAAAAUGGUAUAAUCACAUUCGAGUUUACUCGACCUUUAUCACCUUCAUGUACUGGAAGGAAAGAGUGUAAGAAUAUCAUUGAUCCAACAACUCCUCUGAAGGUUGUUUGGGCCAUGGGUGCCCAAUGGUCGGAGGACAAUUUGAGCGAAAGAAACAUGCACUCAGUUACAAGCACUAGGCCUGUCCAAGUUUUGUUGAUGCGAGGUUCAGCGGAAGCAGAGCAGGAUUUGCGUCCUGUUUUAGCUGUUCAUGGGUUUAUGAUGUUUGUUGCUUGGGGUAUUUUGCUUCCUGGUGGAAUAUUGGCUGCAAGGUAUUUGAAGCAUGUGAAAGGUGAUGGAUGGUUUCAGUUGCAUGUCUAUAUGCAGUACUCUGGGAUAGCUAUUAUCUUUCUCGGCAUUCUUUUUGCAGCUGCUGAGUUAAGAGGUUUUUUUCUUAGUUCAUUGCAUGUUAAAUUUGGUGUCACUGCUACACUUUUGGCAUUUGCUCAACCAGUUAAUGCAUAUCUACGGCCUAAAAGACCAGCUCAUGGAGAGAUUCCUGCUACUAAGAGGGUUUUUUGGGAGUAUUUCCAUUUUAUCACCGGGAGGUGUGCUAUUGUAGCUGGAAUUGCAGCACUCUUUACUGGGAUGAAACAUUUGGGAAGUCGAUAUGGCAGCGAAAAUGUAGAUGGGCUUACUUGGGCCUUGAUGUUAUGGGUUUUGCUCGGUGCACUGUUGGCCAUGUACUUGGAGUACCGGAAGGUGAAACGAAGCAGGGAAGAAAACUCUUUUAGAGGCAGUUGGGUCUUGGGGAAUGAGGAAGAUGACUCCGUUGAUCUUUUGCAUCCUGACAGGACACGUGUGGAAUCAGAUCCUAAUAUAUCUGGAAGAAUGGAAGUGCAACUUGAACCACUAAAUAGAUAGUUACCAUUUUUUUUUUUUUUGAAAGACCUUAUAUCCCCA